UAUUAAAGUCGAAUACAGAAAUGAGAAAGUAAACUUGCGAAAAGGGAAAGUAACUGAGAGAGUGAGGAGGAGGAUGAUGUCGAGAAUGAGGAGGGCUUUCACUGCUUGCUUCAGCUCAAACGCUAUUUGUGACAAGGGCUUUCUUGGUUUCCUGAGACACGGUACUCCUGCUCUUACUACUACUAGUUCUUCUUGUCGUGUUAUUACAUUGCUUCGUUUGCAUUCACUCUCUCAAUCCCCCACUUGCCGUAACCCUAAUCACACACCCAAUCAUCUCUCCGAACUUCAACAAUUAUUGUUGGAGAAAUCUAGAGUUGGUUUUGAUGAGCCUGAUGAUGCUCUUCGAGUGUUUGAUAAAAUGCUCCGUAUGAAACCUCUGCCUAGUGUUAUGGACUUUACUCAACUCUUGACCGCCCUUGUCAAGAUGAAACAUUACUCCGUGGCCGUCUCUGUCUUUUCAAAGAUGUGCUAUUUUAGCAUUCCUGUUAAUAUAGUUACUUAUAGUAUUGUAAUCAACUGUUGUUCCCAUUUGAAACGCGUUGAUUAUGGGUUUGCGCUGUUGGCUGCCAUCUUUAAGCGUGGUUUUGUCCCAGAUGUUGUUACCUACACAACUCUAGUUAGGGGGCUCGUUUCCCAGGACAAGUUUCUCGAGGCUGAGCUUAUGUUCAAGAACCUUCUCGAGCACAAUCAAAUUGAGCCUGAUGCAGUUAUCUUUAACACCAUUAUCAAUGGCCUUUGCAAAACAGGCAACACUUCCCAGGCUAUGAGGUUGCUCAGAUACAUGGAGAAGACACGUUGUAUGCCCUGCGUAGUAACUUAUAGCACUGUUAUUAAUAGUUUGUCCAAAGACAGAUUAGUCGAUGAUGCUUUGGGUCUUCUUGCCGAAAUGAGUGACAAAGGCAUUCAACCAGAUGUUGUAACCUAUAGCUCGUUAAUUCAAGGUCUGUGCAACCUUAACCGAUGGGAUGAUAUAACACAAUUGUUAAAAGAUAUGGACAGACACAAAAUUUCUUCAAACAAGCAUACCUACAGUAUAUUGGUUGAUGCACAUGCGAAAGAUGGAAAGGUCAGAGAUGCUGAGUAUCUGAUAGAGUUAAUGAUUCGAAGAGGCCAAAAUCCUAAUGUAGUCACCUACAGUGCACUUAUGGAUGGAUACUGCUUGAGAGGAGAAUUGGAUAAAGCGUUUGCACUGCUCAGAACCAUGAGAAAUGAGGGGAUUUUGCCCAACACUCAGACCUAUACCAUAUUGAUCAAUGGUUAUUGUAAGAAGAUGAAAGUAGACACAGCAAUACAUCUCUUAAAAGAAAUGACCCUGAAAGGUUUAACACCUACAAUUGAAACGUACAAUACUAUUCUGGAUGGGUUAUUUCGUGCGCGUAGGCUUGAUGAAGCACAAAAGUUUUAUAGGAAGAUGUUAAACCAAGGUGUUAAACUGGAUAUAGUGACAUGCAGGAUCUUGUUGCACGGACUUUGCUGGAAUGGACUUGCUGGUGAAGCAAUGUCCGUGUUGCAUGAGAUGGAGUCAUGUGGCUUAGUUCCUGAUAUACGCAUUUAUAGUAUUCUGAUUCAUGGAUUGUUCAAGGACGGCAAGGUUGACGAGGCAAGAAACCUUCUUCAUAAUGUUCGUUUGAAGGGUUUACACCCUGAUUUCAUAUCUUACAACAUUAUGAUCCAAGGAUUCUGUCAAGAGGGGUUGCUGGAAGAAGCAUAUAAAAUACUUUUGGAAAUGGAAGAAAACAAUUGCUUGCCUAAUGAAGUUACAUACAACACUCUUAUCCGUGGAUGCUUUAAGAAUAAGAUGUAUGAUGGAGCUUGUGUACUUAUAGAUGAGAUGUGUGCUCAUGGUUUCAAAGCAGAUGCCUCUACCACCUCCAUGCUAUUCGAUUUGUUGCAAUCGAAGGAGCAGGAUCCCGCACUCCUUGCUAUGCAGAAGAAGUUCAUGCCUUUCGAGGGGGAGAGCAUUUUUAAAGACGAAUGGAAAAAAGAGAAAGUAAACUUGCGAAAAGGGAAAGUAAGUGCGAGAGUGAGGAGGAUGAUGUCGAGAAUGAGAAGCGCUUUCACUGCUUGCUUCAGCUCAAACGCUAUUUGUGACAAGGCCUUUCUUGGAUCUCUGAGACCCGGUACUACUGCUCUUACUACUACUAGUUCUUGUCGUGUUAAUAUUGCAUUUCUUCGAUUGCAUUCACUUUCUCAACCCCCCACUUGCGCUAACCCUAAUCACAUACCCAAUCAUCUUACGGAAUUUCAACAAUUACUGUUGGAGAAAUCUAGAGUUGGUUUUGAUAAGCCUGAGGAUGCUCUUAGAUUGUUUGAUAAAAUGCUCCGUAUGAAACCUCUGCCUAGUGUCAUCAACUUUACUCAACUCUUGUCCGCCCUUGUCAAGAUGAAACAUUACUCUGUGGCUGUCUCCGUCUUUUCAAAGAUGUGCUCUUUUAGCAUUCCUGUUAAUAUAAUUACUUAUAGUAUUGUAAUCAACUGUUGUUGCCAUUUGAAACGUGUUGAUUAUGGCUUUGCGCUGUUGGCUGCCAUCUUUAAGCGUGGUUUUGUCCCAGAUGUUGUUACCUACACAACUCUUCUUAGGGGUCUCAUUUCCCAGGACAAGUUUCUCGAGGCUGAGCUUAUGUUCUCUUACCUUCUCCAGCACAAUCAGAUUGAGCCUGAUGCAGUUAUCUUUACCACGAUUACUAAUGGCCUCUGCAAAACAGGCAACACCUCCCAGGCUAUGAGGUUGCUUAGAUACAUGGAGAAGAAAGGUUGUAUGCCGGGCCUAGUCACUUACAACACUAUUAUUGAUAGUAUGUCCAAAGACAGAUUAGUCGAUGAUGCUUUGGGUCUUCUUGCUGAAAUGAGUGACAAAGGCAUUCAACCAAGUGUUGUAACCUAUAGCUCUUUAAUUCAUGGCAUGUGCAACCUCAAUCGGUGGGAUGAUAUAACACAAUUGUUAAAAGAUAUGGACAGACACAAAAUUUCUCCAGAUAAGCAUACCUACAGUAUAUUGGUUGAUGCACAUGCCAGAGAUGGAAAGGUCAAAGAUGCUGAGUAUCUGAUUGAGUUAAUGAUUCGAAGAGGCCAAAAUCCUGAUGUAGUCACCUACAGUGCACUUAUGGAUGGAUACUGCUUGAGAGGAGAAUUGGAUAAAGCGUUUGCAGUGCUCAGUACCAUGAUAAGUAAGGGGAUUUUUCCUGACACUCAGACCUAUACUAUAUUGAUCAAUGGUUAUUGUAAGAAGAUGAAAGUAGACACAGCGAUACAUCUCUUAGAAGAAAUGACCCUGAAAGGUUUAACACCUACAGUUGAAACGUACAAUACUAUUCUGGAUGGGUUAUUUCGUGCGCGUAGGCUUAAUGAAGCACAUAAGUUUUAUAAGAAUAUGUUAAAUCAAGGUGUUAAACUGAAUAUAGUGACAUGCAGGAUCUUGUUGCAUGGACUUUGCUGCAAUGGACUUGCUGGUGAAGCAAUGUCUGUGUUUCGUGACAUGGAGUCAUGUGGCUUACUUCCUGAUAUACACAUUUAUAAUAUUCUGAUUCAUGGAUUGUUCAAGGACGGCAAGGUUGACGAGGCCAGAAGCCUUUUUCAUAAUCUUCGUUUGAAGGGUUUACGGCCUAGUGUCAUAUCUUACAACAUUAUGAUCCAAGGAUUCUGUCAAGAGGGGUUGCUGGAAGAAGCAUAUAAAAUACUUUUGGAAAUGGAAGAAAACAAUUGCUUGCCUAAUGAAGUUACAUACAACACUCUUAUCCGUGGAUGCUUUAAGAAUAAGAAGUAUGAUGGAGCUUGUGUACUUAUAGAUGAGAUGUUUGCUCAUGGUUUCAAAGCAGAUGCCUCUACCACCUCCAUGCUAUUCGAUUUGCUGCAAUCGAAGGAGCAGGACCCCGCACUCCUUGCUAUGAAGAAGAAAUUCAUGCCUUGACUACAUCAAGGAAAGAGUUUAUUAAGAUGCCUCUACCACCUCCAUGCUAUUCGAUUUGCUGCAAUCAAAAGAGCAGGAACCCGGUCUCCUUGCGUUGCACAAGAAGUUCAUGCCUUGACUUUAUCAAGGAAAGAGUUCUGUAAGCUACAACGUACUUCUAAAUCGCUACAACUUUGUAAUAGUUUGCUACCAAAUUGGAAGUCAGAAAUUGGAAGUAAACCUUUUGCCCUUAUCUUCAGUGCUGUUAUAUAGAAAGCUCUUAAAUCCUCAUGCUUAACACUUCACCUAAACAUAAAGUCUAACGUAUCCGUGCUUUUAUUAUCCUGCGACUCUGCUUGACCAUGUAUUAAUGUUACAAUCCAACUUUAUGAAAAUUGGUGUGAUACAGUCUUUCAGUAAAGCCUUGAAGUGAAGACAUAUAUUACUCUGAAUAUUGUUGAAAUGAGGUAUGAAAAAUUGUGAUUCUGCAACUGUUCAGAUAAACAGAGUUGUCCGCACACUGUACAUGUUGACUAGGAUUCUAAUUAGUGAACCUGGAGUUCAUGCAUCAGCAACGCAACUCUCUUACAAUACAAAAAUUGCAUCCUCUGCACAAUAAAGUUAUGUCACAAAAUUUCGGAAAAUUUUCGUGUGAGUAGACAUGAUUUUAUUAUUGAGUUUGGGAGAGUCUCUAUAUGAUUGUGGUGUCUCAACAAUAAAGGGAAUCCAGGCACUGCUUUAGAAAAAAAAGGGUCCGGAUCCCUGACAUUCGUACAUAAGCUACUAAUAAUCGAAUAUUCUGGACCAACAUCCAAAAACGAGGGAGUCUGAAAUAUCCUGUGAUGCUCGGACUCUCCGGAAAACCCUGCCGUACCCGUGUCCACAGGACAUGACACUGACAGUGACACUGGGAUUCGGAUCCGAACGUCAUCCAGGAAUCAGACUCUCCAUCUUAGACAACCUAUCUCUAAUUUCAGUGACAUAUCUUUAAGAGGAAGAUAGGAAUAAGAAAAUAUACGAAGAAACAGAGAUGAAAUGGAUGUAAAAGGAGAAAAGAAGCAACUCUUGACUUGAUUGUUUGUUAUGCAGUGUAAUAGAAUGAUAAUUAUUUAUUUAUAAGAACCAUCAUAUUAAUUAAAAAUAAUAAUUGCAGUGUCCAAAUCCAAGUGUCGGAUCCAUAUAAAACGCGUCCCCGAGUCUUUAAUUUUGUAGUUCGAAAGAUCUGACACCCUGAUAUGUGUCCGUGUCGGAUCCUUCUAAAAGAGUCUGAGCAUCAUAGGAAAUAUCUGAUACUCUGCCCCCUAUUCAUUGCCGCUACUGUCGAGGAUAUAUAUUAUUUCGGGCACCCCAUGACCAUUUCUGGACUAAUUCACAGGAAAAUGUGAACGUUGUGUAUGCAAUGAUGAUUAGUCCAUAUUUUUGCAUAUUUAAGUGCCUAUUUUUUGUUUAUUUUCGUAGUAUUAAUCGUUUAUUUAUUUUAUUUCAGGAAAUUGUUGAUAAAUAAAGAAAGAAGAAAAAGUGCAAGAAAAUGGAAGAAAAAGAAAAGAAAAGAAGAAAAUCAAAAAGAGUUGGCAAGCAAGGGGGCACAUGGAGGGCUAUGAUCUACCCAACACACAUCACACAUGGAUGGAUUAGAUUUAGCCACCCUACCCCUAAACCCUAAAUCCUUAGCUAUAAAUACCCCACCCUUUUACUUGUAAUGAUAAUCUUUUUAACCUAGUCUUUUCUUAGUUGGUAGGUAGUAUAGUGAUAGAUCUUCUUUUGUUCUCUCAAUUUCAUACCAUAUUUGUAAACACUUUUAUUUUUAAUGCAAAUCUUCUUUUAGCUUAAUCUUGUAUUGUCUUAAUUUUCUUGCUCCAAGUGAAAUGUUGCUUCUUAGUACCACCAUAUGCUUUUAAGCUUUUUGGGAAAAAAAGAAGUCAUUGAGCUUGUGAUUAAUGUAGAUCUCUUAAUUUUUAGUUUUAAUUUUUUUUAGAUGGUAAAAGCUCUAGCACAAAAAUGAUUUGUGUGGGGGUUUGGCUUUAAAUUUCAAGAUUACUAACAUAAUAUUAAUUCAGCAUUUCUUUAAUUUAUUAAACAAGUUUAGUAGCACAGAUUAAUAUGCUUUGGUUUAGUUGUUUUUAAAACCCAUUUCGUUAGUUUUUAUUAAAACAAAACUCCACUCCCCUGUUUUCAUUCUUAAAAACCCCACUGCUCUGUUUUUGUACCGAGUCACUGAGUCAACUCGCCCGCGUUCACCGAGUCACAGCGUUUUCAUCAUUUACUUCACAGUUUGAGUUUGUUUUAAGUCGAGUAUUGAGUCUGGUUCCCUGUCUUGCUGGGUUUGUAUGCGCUGCCAUUGUUGCUUCGAGUUGCUUGCUGCGUUUCUGCACCGAGUUGUCGAGUCCUGGCGAGUUACGAGUUUUUUUUGUUUUAUCUUGCUGCGUUGUACUUUUCUGGGUCCUGUAGUUCGAGUAUGAGUCAGUUUCUGUAGUUUUCACCGAGUCUGUUAUGCUUUACCGUUUGAGUUGUUUUGUGCGUCCGAGUUUGAUGAGUCGCUGCACUGAGUCGUGUCCGAGUCACCAUCCCGAGUCGCUCUUUCUUUGUUUACGUUGUUUCUGCUGCGUUCUCUUCUUGUUGCUUGGUUGAGUUUAGUUUCUGUGGUCUUGUGUAAUAUAUUAGUCCUGUUUUCGAGUUUUGGCUGAUUUUUUAGCGUUCAUUUGAGUCUGUUUUCACUGCUGAGUCGCAUUUUCUGUUCCCUGAGUCACGAGUUUGAGUAGUUUUUGCUGCGUUUUUGCUUCAAAACUUGUGAAUUCGUUUUCUCUGUAGCCUGUGAUUCAGUUUUUCUUUCGGUCGAGUCAGUUGUAGCAAGUGUUUAGAGUAAUCUGAGUUCAUGUCGAUUUGCUGGUUUUAUGCGUUUUUGCCGAGUCUGCUCUGCUUUUUUUUUGCUUAAUUACUGAGUCAUCUCCGAGUCGUUCACUGUUUCUGUCGGGUUUAGUCUUGUUUACCUGGGUUGUUAAAGUUUGGUUUGAGCUUUUGUUCGAGUCUGUUUUGAAUCGCAGCAUCGAGUCAUCUGUCAAGUCGCUUAUUAGUGUUUUUAGAGUCCUGUAGUUCUGAGUUUUUGUGUCGAGUCACUGAGUGAAACACCGAGAUUAGCUGUUUCCUGAGUUCUGUUUUUGUUUGGAUGGCUGAGUCGAGUGUCUAAUUCUCGCGUCUGGUAGUAUAGUUGUUGAGUUUGUUGGUUUUGUUGAGUUUUAUGUGUGCUGUGUACUCCAAGUUCCGAGUCUGUUUUGUAGCUGUCGAGCUCGCGUCACUGAGUCCUGCUAUCUCCUUGCUUUCGUUUAUGCAGAUUAGUAGAGUGUUAGUCCGAGUUCAGUUGUUUCUCUCCCGAGUCCAUUCAUUCUGCUGCUGCGUUAGUUUAAAAUCAGGGUCCUUUCUUGUUUAGCUAGAUUCUUAGUCGAGUAUUAAGUCUGGUUGCUGGGUCCUGUUUCAAGUUUUGUUAAAGUUUGAAUUGGUUUUCUGCCGAUUAUGUUUAGAAGUCGCAGAGUUUAGUUUCCUGAGUUUAGGAUUAGAUUUGUUGCGUCUGUUUGUCUAGGAGCUACUGUGUCAAGUGAUAAGUUUGAUUAUUUUAAGUAGUUUUGUUUUUGUUUCCAUUUCAUUUCGUCAAGUUGCAGCCCUGUUCUUGGUUGUUGGGUUUGUUAUUUAUGUUUAUUCCCCUGCAAGUUCAUGGUCGAGUACCAGUAUUGCUAUAUAUUUUGUUUUAUUCGCUGAGUUUACAA